AUGAACAGCAUGAGGAGGGAGAACCAAGACAGUGUGUCUGAGUUCCUCCUCCUGGGGCUCCCCAUCCCACCAGAGCAGCAGGGUAUACUCUUUGCCCUGUUCCUGGGCAUGCACCUGACCACAGUGCUGGGGAACCUCCUCAUUAUCCUGCUCAUCAGGCUUGGACUGUUGCCUCCACACCCCCAUGAUUUCUUCCUUAGCCUCUUGGCUUUCACGGAUAUCCUUUUCUCAUCUAUUGCUGUCCCAAAAUUUUUGAUGGACAGGCAUACUAAUCAAAAGUCCAUCCUCUUCACAGGGUGCAUUUCACAAGUGUAUUUUUUCAUAUUGUUUGGUUGUCUUGACGAUUUCCUUUUUUCAGUGUUGGCAUAUGACAGGUAUGUGGCUAUCUGUCACCUACUCCCCUAGACCACCAUCAAGGAAGGAGCUUGUGUCUCAUUGCUAGUUGGGUCCUGGUUCUUCUGCUGUGCACAUGCCCUGUUGCAUUCUCUUCUCUUCGUCCAAUUGCCCUUCUUUGCUGCCAAUAACAUCCCCUACUUCUUCUGUGACCUCACUGCUCUCCUGAAGAGUAGCUGCUCAGACACCUCCCUCAAUGAGCUGAUCAUCUUUACCGAGGGAAGAAUGCUUUUCAUUCUGCCUUUAACUAGAGUCUUGGUCUGUUAUAUCCAGAUAGAGAUGACUGUCCUGAGGGUUCCCUCUACCAAGAGGUUCUUCAAAGCCUUUUCUCCCUGUGGCUCCCAUCUCUUUGUGGUGUCCUUCUACUAUGGGACUAUUGCAGGUGUUUACUUUUUCUCCUCAUCAUCUAUCUCCAAUGAUAAAGACAUAAUUACUUCUGUAAUGUAUAUGGUACAUUAUACCAUAUGGUAUAAUGUAUAUGGUUCAGCCCCCAUGCUGAACCCUUUCAUUUACAGCUUGAGGAACAGAGAUAUGAAACAUGCUCUAGAAAUAUUUUUUGAUAGGGUUGAUUUCUUUAAGUCACAAUCACUAAAUCUAUAG